GCACACGGUGAGCCCUGAUGAGCUCGGAGAGGAGAGGAGGAAAGCCCGAGCGCUGUUGAGUUGAGGGUUGCAGCUCAGCCCCUUCAGAUGCGGAUCGGCGCUUAUAAAGUGGGAUGGUGAGAGGGGGGAGCGCGUGAGGAGAUGGGCUGCGCCUCGGCUAAGCAGGUAUCGGCCGUGCCGAGUGACGACGAGGGCCGAGGAAAGGCCUACAGCAACGGAGACGUCUACUCUGAUGAGUACAGGAUGAAAGGGGUUGAGGAGGUGAAGUACAUGCGUGGAGAGGAAGAACGCGUGAACACACGCAACCAGGAGAACCUGGAGAAGUGUUCAACACAGCACAAAACAAAGCUGCACAAAGAGAUGCCAGGAGCCAAUGCCAACAGGGCCAAUAUUCAUACGUCAGAGAGUCAGCAGGAGUUCUUCAGAAUGCUGGACGAGAAGAUUGAGAAGGGACGAGACUACUGUUGGGAUGAAGAGCGAGCGAGAGAGAACGAGAGGAAAAUAGAGAGAACAUUCCCUUCUAUGGAGUGAAUUCAGAUCAGUGUUUUGUCUAUAACUGUUCAGAUUGGAAGAGUGUGUUUGUGUGUGUGUGUGUGUGUGUGUGUGUAAGAGUAAGAAAAAGCCAGCGUGGGCCUGCGAACGGAAAUUUCCCUCGAGAAUUAUAUCUCCGCCCCAACCUCCAGACCCCACCCACCUUCUCUCCUCCUGCUCCCAUCUCCAGUGGAAUAACGAGACAGACGUUUUGAUUGACAUCUGUUUGAACGACCGAUUGAGUGAGGGUCUAACCCCGCCCCUCUGCACCUCCUGCUUCAUCCUGAUUGGUUGGAUAUGGAUUCACAACUUCCUCCUGGACUGUGAGAGACAAUGAGGAGAACAGGAUGAAAAGGGAAACAGGAUGUUUUUGUGCCGUCGGGCAGAAGACAUGGGAUGAAAGGACGUAACGUAGAAGUGUGUGUGUGUGUGUGUGUGUGUGUGUGUGCACGCUUGACCUGUAAAGAAAAACAGAAGAGAUAUUUUAAUAAGAAAGAGAUUAGAGAUGGAAAGCUCCUGCCUUUUGAAGGACUUUUUUUAAUUUGUAGAGUUUUCAUUUCAUUUCUUAUUUUUUUGCUGUUGUUUGUUUUUCUUAUUAUUGUUCUUGGUUUUUGGUUUUUUUUUUGCUCAUAUCAUUGCACAGUGCCCCCUUCAGACUAAAGAUGUAAUGGGCAGGGCUGCACUGAUCCCAUACACCCUCUUUUCUCUCUCUCUCUCUCUCUCUCUCUCACACACACACACCCCAAAACAUAUUGCAUAUCAAAUCACUGUAUAUUCACUGAGCCCUGACAUGGACACACUGACUGUAGAACUCCCUCCUUCCUGACACACACACACACACACACACACACACGCUAAUUCUGACUUUAAUGGCACUUGCAGUUCAUCUGAAAGUCUGAGUUUAUGAGUAAAAACUCACCCAAUUACAGAAAACUGAGUAUCAGACCAUAUCUGAUGUUACCCCACCCUGCUGUCGAGCCUCCGUCCUUGUUAUAAGACCUACGCAACAGUGUUUAAACGCAGUUUCUACCUUUAGCACUUCAAGCUGUAUUAAUCCUGUAAUAAUAAUAAUAAUAAUCGAAGAAGAAGCUUUUAUUUGUAAUAUGCACACACAAAUUCAGUGAAAUGCCUCUGCAUUUAACCCACCUGAAGCAGUGAAUACAUACACACAUGAGCAAUGAACACACACACACACACACACACACACACACACACACACACCCAGAGCAGUGGGCAGCUAUGCAACAGCACCCAGGGAGCAGUUGGGGGUUCGGUGCCUUGCUCAAGGGCACUUCAGCCAUGAUACAGAGGAACGGGAAAGUGCUAUUCAUUCACUCAACUCCCCUCACAUUUUUCCUUCUGGUCCUGGGAAUUGAACUGGCAACCCUUUGGGCUCAAGGAUGUGUCUUGAACCUUCAGGCCAUGGCUGCCCCCUUGAUAAUAAUUAGCAGUAGUCUCAGGAUAACAGUCGAGUGCUUUGCUUUGCAAGCAUGAUAAUAAAACAUGUAAACCAUAGGUGCUAAAGAAGGCAACUGGACUUGCUUGAGAUCCUUGAAGAUGUUUCACCUCUCAUCUGAAAGGCUUCUUCAGCUCUGUCUGAUGAGUGGGGGUAAUCAUAAUCAUGAUUCCAGGUAAUCAUAAUCAUUAUGAUGGUAGAGAGAGCCAGCGGUGUAUGGUGUUAGCAGCUUAGAGGGUUGUUUGGGUGAUCUGUGGGUCUGCCAUCAUGUGACUGCUAACACCGUUCACACCUAUAGAGGGCUACCGCAUGACGUCACCACGCUGCGAGAUUUUGUUAGGCGCCAUAUUGGAAGACCAAGUACAUGCACUCACAAUAUAAAACAAAGUACGAGCGAGAGUAAAGUGACACGAUGGCUGAUAAUUCGGGUUAUGUGAGUACAUUACCAGCUGCAGAAAGGGCACGGUAUGUGGAGAAACUGGCUGUGAUAGAUGGGUUUGACCCAUAUGAUAAGACUCGCGGCAAGGGAGAAUGGAAACAUAAGGAGGACCGGACACCAAUUCUGCCAUCUGUUUGCUACCCAGACAUUGUAAACUAUUUGUUGUUUACACCCAGUGCCUACACUGCUGAUGACUUGAAGGCCUACAAAGGGCUACAGGCUUACAAUUAUGUUGUUAGCGGCUUGGUUCGUGAUAUUACAGCUGUUGUUAAGAAUAACCUACACAUAGUUAUGGCCAAGGUAAUCUUGUUGAUAUUUAUCUUUUAAUAAUAUAUCUUUUCAGUUGAAAAAUUAAUACUUUUUGUUACUAUUAAGGUAUCCAUAAUUUAGGUUAAUUUAUCCAAAUUAUACAUAUGUAUUUAUGAUAUAUGCCUACACAACAACUAUGCUUUAUUUAUAUAAUAGGAGGGAGAGCAAGCCCCAAACCAUCCUAAAUUAUUAUUAUUAUUAUUAUUAUUAUUAUUAUUAUUAUUAAAUUGUAGAAGUCUGGGAGGCUUGCUCCUCAUCCAGUUAUUAACUUGGGGCCAAUUUAGCAUGUUUUAAAUCUGAAUUUCUUGCGUUUGCUUACCUCAAAGUGUCCGCAGAUCAUGCACAGACUUAUCCAUUAUAUCCACAGUUUUUUGCCAAGUCUCACACAGGUUUCUUUCAAGUCUACUGUUGGGCCAAUAAAUCAUAAAUAAAACAGCUCAGAUUUGUUUAAGUCGUUUGCCACUCCACUUUAUUCUCGUGGGUUCACAUACCACUGCCGUUAUUUCCCCCUAAUCACGAGUUUGUUGGUCUUCCAAAAUGGUGCAGGGUCUGUUUACUUCCAGUUUCGGGUGAUGUCAGUGAAAGGGGUCUAUAGGAUGACUUGAGAGGGUCAAUGACCUGUGUGACCUCAACGACUCUCCUUAGGGUUGCUUUUGGUCCACUAGAGAAUAAAUACCUGGAACUCCCCACUAGUCAGAUAGAACUGAAGAAGCCUUUCGGAGGAGAGCUGAAACAUCUUCAAGAAUUUCAAGGAAGUCCAGUUGCCGUCUUUAGCACCUGUGGUUUACGAUGACCCGGGAACCUUCACGGAUAAUAAAACAUUCAUUAAUGAAAAGGAUUUAAUGAGCCAAAUCUAUCAGAUUUUUAAUUUUCAUGCUUGCAAAGCAAAAUGCUAUUAUCACUAGCCGCCGCCUUCUUCUUCUAGGAACAAAAACUUUUCACUGUGAUAUUCCUCACACAUCCCUCUUUUUUUCUUUUUUUAUCCCUUUAUCCAUCCAUUUUUUUCCCUCAUAGACUUCGACUGGGAAGAUUUUUCAAACUGCUCCCAUGUAGUCAAUUUUCAAAAUAAUACCUCCAACUAUACUCCAAACCACUCUACCUCUUUUCAUACCUCUAUCAUGCCUGCUUUUUAUUUUUUCAUCCCUCACUUUUCCUUCCAUUGACUCCCAUUCAUUUUUCAAGGCCUGACUGCUCUUGGUGACUAAACACUAGAACCCCCAACGUUGGUAAAUAUUGUUAGGUUAUGAUACUUGACAUAAAUACGGCAUAACUUUUUCUCUGCUCCUCUUUCUUUCUUUCUUUCUUUCUUUCUUUCUUUCUUUCUUUCUUUUUCAUCCUUUCAAUUAAAAGCCAUUGAUUUUACAAAUCCCACAUCUUUUACGGUAAAGUCACGAACCUUGGUACUGAACAUGGAUUCACAUGCAAAAGUGCAGCGUUUAACUGCUUCAAACUAACGACACUCAUCUCUCACCCUUCUGUUCUUUCAUUCAUCCCUCCAUCCUUCCACAGUAAACCCAAGAUUUUACUGUUCCUUCAGCUGCUGAGAUAAAGCACACCCUCAUCUAUCUAUCUAUCUAUCUAUCUAUCUAUCUAUCUAUCUAUCUAUCUAUCUAUCUAUCUAUCUAUCUAUCUAUCUAUCUAUCUAUCUAUCUAUCUAUCUAUCAUUUUGAAUUUUGAUUUAUAAGCACUAAUAUUCCCUGAAGGAAAUGCAAAUCUAGUUAUUGAUGAUAAACUGUUAGAAGUCGACACACACUUUCCUGCCUGACAGGACACGACGUCUGUUUUGACAAUAAGUAAUUAAUUGAAAUUAAAAUUUGACCAUGUUGAAGGUCAACUUCAACAUGGUCAAAUUUUAAUUUCCUCACGUGAACUACGUUUCUAUUUCAACGAACUUAACAUUUCCACACUUGUUUUGGUAAAUAGAGAAGUGUUGGAUAGCUAGAUAGAAAGUGUUUGACUGUGAGUGAUCCAGAGAUAAGCCCCACCCCCGUCCACUCUCUCUGCCAAUCAGGAAGAGCAAAUGGAGGGGAAAAACCUAAACAGUGUUCAAAUUUCAUUUUGCGAACCUUCAGUGUUUGGUGUUUUCCAGGUUGGGCAAGACUCCACCUCUUCAGCUGUUGUUAAUCAGUUUUUGUUUCUAUUUUCCCAGAUUAGAUCAAAACAAAAUUUACAUAAAAUAUAAGAGUUUGGGAGCCCUGCGAUGACCUGACGACUUGUCCAGGGUGUACCCCGCCUUUCGCCCGUAGUCAGCUGGGAUAGGCUCCAGCUUGCCUGCGACCCUGUAGAACAGGAUAAAGCGGCUACAGAUGAUGAGAUGAGAUGAGAUAAGAGUUUGGGUUCCUCUCGGAAAACAUUGACCUUUUAAAAUGUAAAAGAUGGGAAAAUGUCGGUCUGGCAACUGAGGCCAGGUCUCUGUACUCUGUGUUAGGAUAGCCUGAAACAAACAAACACACACACACACACGGUGGUGUGUACAGACUCCAGCAGUGUGAGAGGUGGGAAGUGACAGUGCGACUCCGCCCUGCUCCUGUUCCUCUUCUCUUUAUUCCUGAAUCGGCUCUGAUGUUCUUUUCCAGUAUUUUUUCUAUUAAACAUGAAAAAUGAAGAAA